GAUAUCUUCUUCAAUUCCUCUGGAGUCACUGUCAAUCUACUGAAUUCCUCUAAGACAUUUGGUCCCAAUAAGCACAGCACAUGUUUCUCAUCUUCCUUGGCUCGCCACACUCUUAGGAAACUCAGUUUUUACACCACAAAGAGAGAACAAAAAAAACACACAAACGUUCCUCACUUUCUCUCUCUCUUUGGGGGUUUCCAUUUUUGUCUCCCAGGAAUGGGUUGGGUGUGGCAGUUUCUGUUGAUUGGGUUACUGUUUCAGACACCCUUUGGCACAUCCUCGUCAAUCUCCGACCUGUUUGACGAUUGGUGCCGGCAGCAUGGGAGAGCGUACUCCUCGGAUCAAGAAAGGCAGCACAGGCUGGGUGUGUUCGAGGAUAACUAUGUUUAUGUCGUGAAGCACAACGGCGCCGGGAAUUCCAGCUAUACCCUUGCCCUCAAUGCCUUCGCGGAUCUCACCCACGAUGAGUUCAAGGCGGCUUACCUGGGGCUCUCGGCUUCUGGGAAGGAUGGGUUGAUCAGAUUGAACCGAGGGUCGGAUUCUGGGUCCAAUGUUGUCGGAGAUUCUGAUGUUCCUGCUUCCUUGGAUUGGAGGGCUAAAGGAGCUGUGACAGAGGUGAAAGAUCAAGGCAGUUGUGGUGCAUGUUGGUCAUUCUCGGCCACGGGUGCAAUAGAGGGUAUUAACCAAAUUGUGACGGGAUCUCUUAUUAGCCUGUCUGAACAAGAGUUAAUUGACUGUGACAAAACGUAUAAUAGUGGCUGCAAUGGUGGGUUGAUGGACUAUGCAUAUGAAUUCGUGGUUAAAAAUAAAGGUAUCGACACUGAAGAUGAUUACUCCUAUAAGGGUAAAGAUAAUAAGUGCAACAACGAUAAGUUGAAAAAACAUGUUGUGACCAUUGAUGGAUAUACGGAUGUACCCACAGGCAAUGAGAAGAAACUACUACAAGCGGUCGCCUCUCAGCCUGUGAGCGUUGGUAUAUGUGGCAGCGAGAAAGCGUUUCAGUUGUAUUCUGGGGGGAUAUUCACCGGGCCAUGUUCAACAGAUUUAGAUCAUGCCGUAUUGAUUGUGGGGUACGACUCUAAGGAUGGCGUUGAUUAUUGGAUUGUAAAAAACUCGUGGGGAACGAGUUGGGGAAUCAAGGGUUACAUGUACAUGCAACGUAACACUGGCACUCCGGAAGGGAUGUGUGGGAUCAACACGCUCGCUUCGUACCCAAUUAAGACGAGCCCUAAUCCUCCUAGCCCCGGCCCUGGUCCUACUAAAUGCAGCAUCUUCACCUUCUGCGACAGCGGUGAAACCUGCUGCUGCGCUUGGAGAGUUUUAGGCGUAUGCUUUUCGUGGAAAUGUUGUGCAUCCAAUUCGGGUGUUUGCUGCUCCGAUGGUAGACAUUGUUGCCCCAGCGACUACCCUAUCUGCGAUACAACUAGGAAUCUCUGCCUCAAGCAAAAUGGCAAUGUCACACUAGCGCUACGACAUGGGAUGGGCAGGCCUUCGAGCAUCAAGGAGUAUUGAAUGAACCCACGCCUCGAUUCAUCAACAUCAGAUGAAUCUAGUUGUAGUGUAGCAAUAACCCAAAAAAAAUGGCAGCUUUAAGUUACAGAACACUGGGGUGCAUACUAAUGAGGAGAUUGUAAGUUAUUGUGAGAAGAUUGGGAAAAAACAUGUGAUAUAAGACUUUCAGACUUGAGUCACACAGGUUCUUGUAGGAUACAGAUAAGGAAUAUUCUUAGUUAAGGUAUUGAGGUAUCAAAAGUCUUGAUAUGUUGUGAUCAUCACAUUUUCCUCUCCACAUCACUCUCUGAUUUGUCAUGCACUGAUCUGCAAAAGAAUUGGUGAAAACAUUUUUAAAUAAUUUGUGUUU